GCCUUUGAAAAAUUCUUCGGUUGCAGUUUCGUUUUCUCCAAAAGCUCCUACAGCUGCUUAAUGUGGACUAAAACAUCGCCAUUUUAGGUGUCCGUGCUUCAAAAACACCCUGAAUCUGCAGAGAAAAAGCAGUGGAGGAACAGUACAAAAGAUCAAAUGGCCCAGUCUACCCUCUCCAAGUUCUUCACUCCUCAGGAGAGCAGGAACCUACAGUGUCUGGACAACAUGGGGGAUUUGGAAACUGUGAUUCUUCAGAUGAAGAAUAAGUCUCACAAUUUAACCAACAUGCAGCUGAACAUUGCAGUGAUGGGGGAUGUGGGGUCAGGGAAGUCCACCUUCAUUAAUGCAAUGAGAGGACUUCGGAGUGAUGACCAAGGAGCUGCUCCAACCGGGAAUGAAGAAACCAGGAUUGAGCCAACCGGGUAUCCUUAUCAAGAUCUGCCUAAUGUCCAACUCUGGGAUCUUCCAGGAACAAAUUCCUUUGGGUUUGAACUAAAUCGUUAUCUAAAGAAGGUGAAUUUUGAAAGCUAUGACUUUUUCAUUAUUAUUUCUCAGGCUCGAUUCAGAGAGAACGACGCAGAUCUUGCCAAAAAGAUUCAAGAACAAGGCAAAGAGUUUUACUAUGUCCGGGCCAAAAUAGACAAUGAUGCCCGGUCACUGGGGAGACAAGGUGCUGACCUUAAUGAAGGCUGGGUCAGAAUCCGCAAGGACUGUAUCAGUAACUUCCAAAGUGUCGGGGUUACACCACCUGCUAUUUUUCUGAUCUCCAGUUUUGAUCGAGAGGAAUAUGACCUUCCUAAAUUAAAGAACACGCUCGCCAAGGAUCUCCCCAGUAUUAAAUCAAACAUCUUCACGCUGUCAAUCCCAAAGAUUGUGAUGGAAAUUGCAGAACCCAAAACAAAGAUGUUAGAGAAGAGAGUCAGGAUGUUUGGCAUUCUUGCUGGAGCAGUAGGUGCAUUACAAUUACUAUUACGAGUUCAAAUGCCAGGAUCAUUGCAAGUUCGAAUACCAGUGCCAGUGUUGUCUUUUAUGACUACCACUGGAUUGACACUUGUUGGGUGGAUAUAUCUUCAGAAACAGCUGAGAAUCCGUUAUAAGUUGCUGCAAAGUUUGUCCAGCAAAAUCUCCAAGCCCAGUUCCAUUCUGAAAGAUGAAAUGAAUCGCCAGUUGUCAAGCAAGAUACUACCAGCUGUUACCAAUACCUUCUUAGGAAUCAGCCUCAUUGCAUGCAUGAUAACUGGGAUCAGACGUAACUUCAGUCCGAUGACUCAGUCUAUCUUCGGAGCAGUGUCAUCCUUUGCUUUUACCUACACGUUGUUGAAGAAUUCACAGAGACAACUGUUGGAAACCAAACAACAGUUAGUGAAGAGUGCAUUGACUACAGAUUGACAUGCCCCCUGGACAUUUCACCAAUCAACGUUAUUGCUCAGAUUGUAGAGACUGCAAUGGUAUUUAAUAUAGAAUGUGACAGUUUAAUCUGAACAAUUGCCAGGUCAAAAUCGUUGUGUGUUCUGGGCAUAAUACGUAUUCCUGGUCUUUGUAGUUGUUAUUACACUUUACUAAAAUAAGAAUAAAUGAAGAUAAACUAUA